AUGGAAACGGCGGAAGAUGUGGUUGAUGAAUUGCUAAAUAUGGUGGAAGCUUCAUCGAUGAAUCCAAUGGAAGAAUUCCUUCAUGAUUUAGUACAAGUAUCAUCCAACGAUAUGGUAGAAGAAUCGCUCGAAAAUUUGUUAGAAAUAUCAUCCAGAAAGAAUAACAUAAAUGAGAUUUUAGACGAUUUGAUAAAUGCAGCAUGUAAGGAUGAAGUGGAAGAAUUGUUAGACAAUAUGGCGAAAAUUUCAUCCAAUGAUAGAGCAGAAGAAGAGAAUUUGACUAAUGUGUCCAUCAAAAAUACAAUGAACCAACUAUUGGAAGCUUUGAUGGAAGCAUCAUCCAGGAAUACAGUGAAUCAACAACUACUGAAAGAUUUAGUAAACGUGACAGCCAAUGAUUCAAUAGAAAAAAUAUUAAAAGAAAUGUCUAAAAUAUCAUCAUCCAAAGAUUCCACCGAAAUAUCAUUCAAGAAUUCAAUGGAAGAAUUUACGGCAAAUUUGAUGAAGGGAGAAUCAUCUAAAGCACCUGACGAACUGAUUUCAGGCGAUUCUUAUCCAACCGUUAAGUUCCACUUUCCAUCAAAGAAUUUUUAUGAUAGAGAUGCGACAAACUUUAUGCGGUCCGUUAUGAAUAGAUGCUGUAUUGAAGAUUGA